AUGAAGCUCGAUGCCACAGAUCUUCGCUAUGUAACCUCUGACGAGUUCAGGGUGCUAACCGCGGUAGAAAUGGGCUCCAAGAACCAUGAGAUCGUACCCACACAACUGAUUGUGCAAAUUUCUGGCUUGCGCAACGGCGGAGUGAACAAGCUGAUCGGCAGCCUCGCAAAGCGGAACUUGGUAGCCCGAGUGCAGAAUGCUCGAUAUGAUGGUUACCGAUUGACAUACGGCGGUUACGACUACCUUGCAAUGCGCACUUUGUCCAAACGCGAUUCGAUGUAUUCCGUGGGUAACCAGAUUGGCGUGGGGAAAGAGUCCGAUAUCUAUAUGGUAGCAGAUGCCGAAGGAAACGAGAUGGUGUUGAAGUUGCAUAGGUUAGGACGCGUGUCUUUCCGCGCUAUCAAGAGCAAGCGUGACUAUAUGGGGAAGCGCAAAUCUGCCUCAUGGAUGUACAUGUCGCGACUCUCUGCACAAAAGGAAUGGGCUUUCAUGAAGGUACUCCACGAGCAUGGCUUCCCGGUCCCGAGACCGAUAGACCAGGCGCGCCACUGUAUCCUUAUGGGCUUCAUUGAUGCCUACCCGCUUCGUCAGAUAGACGAAGUGCCUUCACCAGGAAAGCUCUACUCCCAACUGAUGGACCUCAUUGUUCGCUUCGCUCGGGCAGGCCUUAUCCACGGUGACUUCAAUGAGUUUAACAUCUUGAUCGGCCGGACAACUGGCGAACCUGUCGUAAUCGACUUCCCGCAGAUGGUUAGUACAUCUCAUGAGAACGCUGAAUGGUACUUCAACCGCGACGUUGAAUGUAUCAGAACCUUCUUUCGCAGGCGUUUCCAAUACGAGAGUUCCAUCUACCCUAGAUUCAGGAGCACACUCGGUCAGGGGGGCGAGGAGGAUUUUCAAUUGGACGUCGUUGUGGCAGCCAGCGGAUUCAGUCGGAGAGAUCAAAAAGUGCUCGAAGAGUACAUGUCGACUAUCAAGGAUGAAGAGCGCGAGAGUGCUUCCGCAUCAGAAGAAGAAGAGGAGGAGGAAGACAGCGAAGGCGUCGAGGAUGAUGUAGGCACCGACCCGCUGCGAGAUGAAGGUGGACCAUCUUCAGAACGGGAACGGGCUGACCCUGUGCUUUCUGAGCCGCAUUCUCCGCAGACAGCGCCAAACACAGGGCGCGAAUCCCCGCUGCCACCGUCACGCUCUUCAUCCGCGUCGUCCCUGGAGGACGAGGCUGGAAAUCUCACGCUCGAAGAUCGGGGACAGUCAGAUCUUGUCAAGGAGAGGGCUGUAUCGGAUGCUUCUCGGGCGUACGCGCGCCAACAGCGCAAGUAUCACACCAAACGCAGCGCCCAACGAGCUGGCCGCGCAAAAGGCUCGAAGGCCAAACAGGAUCCGCGCGUGAAGCUUGACCGUAGCUCGGGUUGGGAUUGA